AUGGCGGCGCAAUGUGCUCGUUCCGCGCUGCAGGCGGGGCGAUGUGCGCGUUCCGCGCUGCAGGCGGCGCAAUGUGCGCGUUCCGCGCUGCAGGCGGGGCGAUGUGCGCGUUCCGCGCUGCAGGCGGGGCGAUGUGCGCGUUCCGCGCUGCAGGCGGGGCGAUGUGCGCGUUCCGCGCUGCAGGCGGGGCGAUGUGCUCGUUCCGUGCUGCAGGCGGGGCGAUGUGCGCGUUCCGCGCUGCAGGCGGGGAGAUGUGCUUGUUCCGCGCUGCAGGCGGGGCAAUGUGCUUGUUCCGCGCUGCAGGCGGGGCGAUAUGCUCGUUCCGCGCUGCAGGCGGCGCGAUGUGCUCGUUCCGCGCUGCAGGCGGCGCAAUGUGCACGUUCCGCGCUGCAGGCGGGGCGAUGUGCGCGUUCCGCGCUGCAGGCGGCGCAAUGUGCUCGUUCCGCGCUGCAUGUGGCGCAAUGUGCGCGUUCCGCGCUGCAGGCGCGGCGUGUUGCUUCUUUCCUGAUUCCCGCCCUUUUCUGCCGGUUUCCCGCCUUGUACGAAGAACGUAUGACCGUGGCGCCGCCGCCCGCCUCUCAGCCAAUCACGGAUGGCCACGUGGCGGGGCAGGUGGGCAACGGCGCGGCGAGGAGAGAGGCACGAGGUGAGACCAUGACGAGGCGUCAUCACCUCCUGUACUCCCCUCUCCUCACCUCGUCCGUCCCCCCGUACUCAUCUCCUCUCGUCCUCUCUUCUCACCUCCCCUGUCCCCCGUACUCACCUCCUAAACGCGCUUGUUUUGUGCCCUCGUUAUGCCCUCCCCCCCUGACCUCCUUAAUCCCCCCUCGCCUCCUCUUCCCCCCCCCAAUCACCGCCUCUCUCACCCUCCACCCUCCCACCCCAGAGGUGGCUGAGCACUCAUCUCUGCUCCCCUGCGCUCACCUCUGCUCCCCUGCGCUCACCUCUGCUCCCCUGCGCUCACCUCUGCUCCCCUGCGCUCACCUCUGCUCCCCUGCGCUCACCUCUGCUCCCCUGCGCUCACCUCUGCUCCCCUGCACUCACCUCUGCUCCCCUGCACUCACCUCUGCUCCCCUGCACUCACCUCUGCUCCCCUGCACUCACCUUUACUGUUCACCCACUUUUCACACCACCGUUUCCCCGUCCCCCACUGUUCACGCCAUUGUUUCCCCGUCCCCAAAUGUUCACACCACUGUUUCUCCGUCCCCCGUUGUUCACACCACGGUUUUUUCCCCACUGUUCACCCACCUUUUGUUCCCUCUGUUCCCUCUGUUCACCCCUCUGCCAUCCCCGCUUGCUCGCCAUGCUCCCCGCACUCACUUGCUAUGCUCCCUCCCCUCCCCCCACUCACUCAUUGCCCGAAACAUCCAGCCAGAGGUGGCUGAGCACUCAUCUCUGCUCCCCUGCGCUCACCUCUGCUCCCCUGCGCUCACCUCUGCUCCCCUGCGCUCACCUCUGCUCCCCUGCGCUCACCUCUGCUCCCCUGCGCUCACCUCUGCUCCCCUGCGCUCACCUCUGCUCCCCUGCGCUCACCUCUGCUCCCCUGCACUCAUCUCUGCUCCCCUGCGCUCACCUCUGCUCCCCUGCGGUCACCUCUGCUCCCCUGCGCUCACCUCUGCUCCCCUGCGCUCACCUCUGCUCCCCUGCGCUCACCUCUGCUCCCCUGCGCUCACCUCUGCUCCCCUGCGCUCACCUCUGCUCCCCUGCACUCACCUCUGCUCCCCUGCACUCACCUCUGCUCCCCUGCACUCACCUCUGCUCCCCUGCACUCACCUUUACUGUUCACCCACUUUUCACACCACCGUUUCCCCGUCCCCCACUGUUCAUGCCAUUGUUUCCCCGUCCCCCACUGUUCACGCCAUUGUUUCCCCGUCCCGAAAUGUUCACACCACUGUUUCUCCGUCCCCCGUUGUUCACACCACGGUUUUUUCCCCACUGUUCACCCACCUUUUGUUCCCUCUGUUCCCUCUGUUCACCCCUCUGCCAUCCCCGCUUGCUCGCCAUGCUCCCCGCACUCACUUGCUAUGCUCCCUCCCCCCACUCACUCAUUGCCCAAAACAGCCAGCCAGAGGGAGGGAGGCGAGGGAGAUUGCCUCCACACUCACCACCUCUGCUCCCCACACUCACCAUCCCCCCCCACUUAUCACCACUCUUCACCUUCCCCCACCACCGCUCCCCUUUAUUCACCUUUCCCCACUGCUCCCCAGCACUCAUCUCUGCUCCCCUGCGCUCACCUCUGCUCCCCUGCGCUCACCUCUGCUCCCCUGCGCUCACCUCUGCUCCCCUGCGCUCACCUCUGCUCCCCUGCGCUCACCUCUGCUCCCCUGCACUCACCUCUGCUCCCCUGCACUCACCUCUGCUCCCCUGCACUCACCUCUGCUCCCCUGCACUCACCUUUACUGUUCACCCACUUUUCACACCACCGUUUCCCCGUCCCCCACUGUUCAUGCCAUUGUUUCCCCGUCCCCCACUGUUCACGCCAUUGUUUCCCCCCAGCCAGGUGAGAAGCUGCCACUCCUCACUCGUGGCAUCUCUCCCCCCCCCCCCCUCCCUUGCCGUCCCUCCUCCACAUGCUUUCACUCUCUGCACGUGUGGGAGCGUGAGGUGGAGCACGUGUCCGGAGGAGAGCUGCAGCGCUUUGCCAUUGGAGUGGUGGGGGUGCAGCUGGGAGACAGACAUCUACAUGUGUGGGAGCGUGAGGUGGAGCAUCUGUCAGGAGGCGAGCUGCAACGGUUUGCCAUUGGAGUGGUGGCGGGGCAGCUGGGAGACAUCUACAUGUUCGAUGAGCCUUCCAGCUACCUGGACGUGCGGCAGCGAUUGAAGGCAGCGCAGGUCAUCCGCUCGCUGCUGCGCCCCGACAGAUACGUCAUUGUGGUGGAGCACGAUCUCAGUGUGCUCGACUAUCUCUCGGACUUCAUCUGCUGCCUCUACGGCAAGCCCGGUGCCUACGGGGUGGUCACGCUGCCCUUCUCCGUGCGAGAGGGCAUCAACAUCUUCCUGGCUGGCUUCGUGCCAACCGAGAACCUGCGCUUCCGAGACGAGUCGCUCACAUUCAGGGUUGCUGAAACCCCAGUCGAUAACCCUGAAGAGGCCAAGACGUACACGCGCUACAAGUACCCGCGCAUGGUCAAGAAGCAGGGCGGAUUCAAGCUGACGGUGGAACCUGGUGACUUCACGGACUCACAGAUCGUGGUGAUGCUGGGGGAGAACGGCACCGGCAAGACCACCUUUAUCCGCAUGCUGGCUGGUCUCUUAAAGGCUGACCCGGACGAGGAGACCGGCAAGGAGGCCGAGGACCUCCCGGAGUUCAACGUGUCGUACAAGCCGCAGAAGAUCUCCCCCAAGUUCCCCCACAGCGUGCGCGCGCUGCUGCACUCCAAGAUCCGAGACUCGUUCCACCACCCGCAGUUCAACACCGACGUGCUGCGCCCCAUGCAGAUCGACCCGCUCCUGGACCAGGAGGUGGUGAAUUUGUCGGGUGGGGAGCUGCAGCGCGUGGCUAUUACCCUUUGUCUGGGAAAGCCUGCCGACAUCUACCUGAUUGAUGAACCCUCAGCCUACUUGGAUUCAGAGCAGCGCAUUGUGGCGGCCAAGGUGAUCAAGCGCUUCAUCCUGCACGCCAAGAAGACGGCGUUUGUGGUGGAGCACGACUUCAUCAUGGCCACGUACCUGGCGGACCGCGUCAUCGUGUACGAGGGGCAGCCGUCGGUGGACUGCACGGCGCGCACGCCCCAGUCGCUCAACAGCGGCAUGAACCUCUUCCUCUCGCAACUGGACAUCACGUUCCGGCGCGACCCCACCAACUUUCGGCCGCGCAUCAACAAGAUGGAUUCUGUCAAGGACCGCGAGCAGAAGAAUGCCGGCACCUACUACUACCUGGACGACUGA